UAAAUAUUGACCUCAUAUAAAGGAUGAGGCAUUACGAGGGCUCACACUUUAGUGGUACCUAAAAUAGUCAGUCCACUUGCAAAUUUAUGUUUACAAUCAAAAUUUGGAGUUUAUAUCCAAUGAAUAUCUGAGGUGGUCCUUUCUGAUCAUCUUCUUGGAUAAACUCUGGAAAUUGUCCAAUUUCCAUCUGACAAAAAGAUCAAGAAAAUCGCACAGUAGGCAAUUUCUGAGUCUCCACUGUUCAAGUGCAUGGCUAGGUGUUUGAGUACUUCUUGUUCUCAUUCAUAUUCAACCCCAUUUAGCUGUUUCCAUAAUGAGCGUUUGUGUUGCUCGAAAAAGCUAGCAACUUUAACAAGCUCACAUGAUUUCUCAAAGUGGGUUCCCAAGAUUUUUGGGAGGACUCAAAUGAAAAGUCAGUUUGAGCUGAGAUCCUCCAAUGGACACCCUCUUAAUGCUGUAUCCUUGCAAGAUGAAGGUUCAGCUGCAAAUCCUCAAGCAGACGAAAUGCAUUUGUCUGAAUUGGGACAUGAGGAUUCAACCCUUAGCAUUACUGUUGUUGGUGCUUCGGGUGAUCUUGCAAAGAAGAAGAUUUUUCCCGCCCUUUUUGCUCUUUACUAUGAAGAUUGGCUGCCUGAGAACUUUGUGGUUUUUGGUUAUUCUCGGACAAAAAUGAAUGAUGAGGAGUUACGUAACAUGAUCAGUAGAACUUUAACUUGCAGAAUUGAUCAGAGGGAAAACUGUGACGAGAAAAUGACACAGUUUCUAAAGAGAUGCUUUUACCAUUCGGGUCAAUAUGAUUCCGAGCAGCAUUUUUUGGAAUUAAACAGCAAGCUGAAAGAAAAAGAGGGUGGUAGACGAUCAAAUAGGUUAUUUUAUUUAUCCAUACCUCCGAAUAUUUUCGUGGAUGUUGUGAGAUGUGCCAGCUCAAAAGCUUCUUCAGAAAAUGGGUGGACGAGGGUCAUUGUCGAAAAACCAUUUGGCCGAGACUCUGAGUCGUCUAACGAACUCACUAGGUGUCUAAAGCAGUAUCUGAAUGAGGACCAAAUAUUCCGAAUUGAUCAUUAUUUGGGGAAGGAGUUGGUCGAGAAUCUUUCAGUUCUUCGUUUUUCGAAUCUCGUGUUCGAGCCUCUUUGGUCGAGGAAUUACAUUCGUAAUGUGCAGUUUAUAUUUUCCGAAGAUUUCGGUACGGAAGGACGAGGAGGGUACUUUGACCAUUAUGGGAUCAUUAGGGAUAUUAUGCAAAAUCAUCUGCUGCAAAUAUUGGCGUUAUUUGCAAUGGAGACCCCUGUCAGCUUGGAUGCUGAAGAUAUUAGGAAUGAGAAGUUGAGCAUUGGAGAUGCUCUUAUAAAAACUCAAAUCAGGUCAAAGUCUUGCGGUCAAUGAGGCCAUUGAGGCUUGAGGAUGUGAUAGUAGGGCAGUAUAAGGGCCACAGCAAGGUUGGAAAAUCGUACUUGGGCUACACAGAUGAUCCAACGGUGCCUAGCAACAGCAUAACUCCAACAUUUGCAGCUGCAGCUCUUUUUAUUAAUAAUGCCCGUUGGGAUGGGGUGCCUUUUCUCAUGAAAGCCGGAAAAGCUCUGCACACCAAACGGGCGGAAAUUAGAGUUCAGUUCAGACAUGUUCCGGGUAAUCUGUACAAGCGAAACUUCGGGACAGAUUUGGAUAAAGCCACAAACGAGCUAGUUCUUCGUGUACAGCCAGAUGAAGCCGUAUACUUAAAAAUUAACAACAAGGUUCCUGGUCUUGGAAUGAGACUCGACCGAAGUGACCUUAACUUGCUUUACAAAGCCAGGUACCCAAGGGAAAUACCGGACGCAUAUGAAAGACUUGUUCUAGACGCGAUUGAAGGAGAACGGAGAUUAUUCAUCCGAAGUGACGAACUGGAUGCUGCGUGGGCCUUAUUCACACCAUUGCUUAAGGAAUUGGAAGACAGAAAAAUUGCACCCGAGUUAUAUCCGUACGGGAGUAGAGGACCUGUCGGGGCCCACUAUCUCGCUGCCAAGCAUAACGUUCGGUGGGGAGAUCUCUCGGACUAACAAACCAGAAUUUGUGCUGUUAAAUUCUUGAGUAGUCUAUAUAUACAUACUAUAUAGGCCUAGGGUAAUUUGUCAAUUGUUUCUUGAUUGAUUGAGGGCUUAUAGCUUUCAAACUGGUAAAAAGGCCAUAGCUGAUUUAAGUUGUAAGGUUUCUCUUUUGUGCAUAUUAUCAUGCAAGAGCCAUUAAGUUUUGAACUAAUAAAUUAUGUUAAGCCAAGAACACUUACCUUCAGAUUUUAAAUUCACUUUGAUCUCUGAUUUGCAAAAACGUUAGCUGUUCUCUUAAAUAAG